AUGUUCACAAAAAUUAUGCGCCAUAAACCUUUAAUUAGAAAUAUAGUUUAUGUCCCUGCUCAUAAACCACCAGAAGAUGAAGAUUUUCAAAAGCUUCGUGAAUUUGCUGUAAAACAUAAAAAACUUCUCAUUUUAACUGGUGCAGGAAUAUCUACAGAGUCAGGUAUACCAGAUUACCGAUCAGAAGAAGUUGGGCUUUACGCAAGGAGUAAUCAUAAGCCUGUUCAGUAUCAGGAGUUUAUUAAAUAUCCAAAAGUAAGACAAAGAUAUUGGGCAAGGAAUUUUGUUGGUUGGCCAAGGUUUAGCUCUAUUCAACCAAAUGCCACACAUUAUUCUAUUCGAGAAUUGGAAAAGGCUGGUAAAGUAACGGCAAUUGUAACACAGAAUGUGGAUAGGCUUCAUCACAAGGCAGGCUCUGAAAAUAUUAUUGAACUUCAUGGUGCAGGUUAUAUAGUAAAAUGUCUGAAAUGUCCAUAUGAGGUCAGUAGAUCUGAAUUGCAAGAAACAUUGAUUAAGAAUAAUCCAGAUAUGAAAAGUAAUUUUGAUAUGAUUAGACCAGAUGGAGAUGUGGAACUAUCUGUGGAACAAAUCGAAAAGUUCAAAACUCCUCUAUGCCCUAAAUGUCAAGGGCCACUGAAACCUGAUAUUGUAUUUUUUGGAGACAAUGUCCCUAAACAAAGAGUAGAACAAGUGAAGAAAGAAGUGACUGCUAGUGAUGCAGUGUUUGUUUUAGGAUCCAGUUUAACUGUGUAUUCCAGUUAUAGAAUAAUAUUACAAGCAAAGGAAGAGAACAAAAAGAUAGCCAUAUUAAAUAUAGGACCUACAAGAGCUGAUGAUAUUGUGGAUUUAAAGAUAUCCACAAAAUGUAGUGAGAUCUUGACAGAUUUGUGCCACUUUGUAUGUCAGAAGAGUACA